GAACAUAGAAUCGAACUGUUGGCCGACGGCUAACCGAAUAACGAUUGCUGAAUUGUCAAUCGACCGUUGGUCCUUUUAUUUUUCUGAGCGAUGACAACGGGCGACAGACAGCUCGAGACGGCGGAGUGUGCCGCUUCCUUCUUUUAUUCCCACCCGCCCCCAAAAAACAUAACCUCCGGUGCUGAGAUGAUCGGGAGCCGCCGCCCACUACAGUAAGACCAGCUAACCGAGCUCCGUCUGUUACCCCCGACCGCCUGGGCUGGAGCGGCUUCAUGUCAUGGUCACUCUGUUGGUCUAGUUUGUAUGCACUUUGGGCAGGGGUCCCUGAGCUGGAGCUGCGAACGGCUUACCUGGCCGUUUCUGUGUUUUUUCUUCCCUCCUCACCCGUUUUCCUCUUCUGCUGCCUUCACCUCUUCAGAACCGAAACACAAACUCACUCGCACGUUCUCUUCUGUGUACACGUUUUGUAUGUGCCUGUGUUUUCGUUCCGCGCCGUGAUGCGGCUUUUGAGGUGUCUUCUAUGUACGAGCCGUAACUAACUUCACUACGCAAUUCGGCUGUAGAGGGCAUCACUCUUGAACCCUGUUCGUAUCUGUCUCCUUGCUCUCCAAUAUGCGUUUGUCUGGAGAACUAUCUAGCUAGGCGUUCCAGUCUGGUUCAUCAACCCAGGGUUAUCGAAGUCGGUUUUCACCAUUUUCUUGCAGAUUCACCAUUUCGGCACCAACUGGAGGUCCCACCUUUUGAGGGAUUCGCCCUUUUAUUGACUUAAUUAUUUGACCCAUGGAGUCGUGGGACUGCAGCUGCAAUGGUAACAACGUUUUCUAAAUGGAAAGUCCAGUUUGGCUUUGAGAUGUGUUUUCCUGUUCUGGUGCCAUGGAAUUGAUUUAAAGGCAGAUUUGUAAAAGACUAUUUUGAUAUCUAUCUGGAUCAAUAGCUAUCAUAGUGAUAUUUCAAAAUGAUAGGCAAAUUGAAACAGAACUUAUUAUUAGCAUGUUUAGUGAUCAGCUCACUAACUGUAUUUUAUCUUGGUCGUUAUGCAAUUGAAUGCCACCAUAGAGUAGAAGAGCACACUCAGCAGCAUCCUAAUGUUCUAGAUAGUGGCAGGUCACUAAGUUACAUUUCAAAAUCUGGAUUCAAAAAUAGUUCAAGUAGACUUGUUUACAACAAAGACAUGCCAUUAAUUUUUAUUGGAGGAGUACCAAGAAGUGGCACCACACUCAUGAGAGCAAUGCUUGAUGCCCAUCCUGAAAUUCGCUGUGGGGAGGAAACCCGAGUUAUUCCUAGAAUCCUUGCAAUGAAACAAAUGUGGAGCAGAUCUGGCAGAGAGAAGCAGCGCUUGGAUGAAGCUGGUGUUACUGAUGAGGUGCUGGACUCGGCCAUGCAAGCCUUUUUAUUAGAAAUUAUUGUUAAACAUGGGGAACCUGCUACGUACUUAUGCAAUAAAGAUCCAUUUGCUCUCAAAUCAUUGACUUACUUGAGCAAAAUUUUUCCCAAUGCCAAAUUCAUUCUAAUGAUACGGGACGGACGUGCUUCAGUACAUUCCAUGAUUACUCGGAAAGUUACCAUUGCAGGAUUUGAUCUCAGUAGUUACAGAGACUGUCUGACCAAGUGGAACCGUGCCAUCGAGACCAUGUAUAACCAAUGUUUGGAAACUGGGUUUAAUAAAUGUUUACCAGUACACUAUGAACAACUUGUUUUGCAUCCUGAAACUUGGAUGAAGAAUGUUCUGAAGUUCUUAGAUGUUCCUUGGAACACUGCAGUAUUGCAUCAUGAAGAAAUGAUAGGGAAAGCAGGAGGUGUUUCUCUUUCUAAGGUUGAGCGAUCUACUGAUCAAGUCAUCAAACCAGUCAAUGUUGAAGCCUUGUCAAAAUGGGUGGGAAAAAUUCCGCACGAGGUAGUUCGUGAAAUGCCAGUGAUUGCACCUAUGUUAGCAAAGCUUGGAUAUGAUCCAUAUGCAAAUCCACCCAAUUAUGGAAAACCAGAUCCAGCAGUUAUUGAAAACACUAAAAGGGUACUCAAAGGUGACUUUCAACUACCUGCAAUUCUGAAAGAUCUGCCACAGGUGAGAUCUUAACUUGAAGAUGGACAGAUAUCUUGCUUUCUGAUUGUCAGAAAAGCAGGUUUCUCAGAGUGUCUCAGGAUCAAAUUUUCUCUUGGAUCGUGUUCUUGACCAGUGUCAUAAGUUCUUUAUUUCACAUAAAUUUUCAUCUUGUAGCCACUAUUUCUUCUGGAAACUUAUAGUUUUUAAAUACAAAUAUACUAUAUCUGAGUUUGUUAUGUAACCAUUAUUGAUGGCAAUAAUGUUAGAAUAUUGCUGUACAGCAUUUAAAAAUGUAUCAACAAAUGAAGUGUGAAUUAUAUCCAUUUUCCCUUUGAGUUUUAUUCAUGACAAAAAUCACUAUAGACAAUUUUUUUGUUUGUUUCUUUAUAUGACUGAGGAUUUAGAAGUAAUCUCCUGGAGAGAGCUUGAAUAAACCUGAAUCCUGUUCUCCUAAAUGCUAUGUAACUGGACUGUGAUUUAAAAUUAUAGUGAUUUUAUCUAUGCAUUUCCAUGUAAAAUAUGUAAUUAUUAUUGGAGCAUGAAC